AUGCUGACAGGCUCUUUUCCAUACAAUGGCCGCCUGUUUGAUGACAAGCCGGGCGAAAACUGGGUCGGCUCGCCAAAGAUGAAAGAGAUCAAGCAAAAGCUUUGUGACGCGAGGGUCAGCUUCAGCCAUCCGGUCUUCGAGAAGGAGCCUGGAGCUUCAAGGCUCGUCGCGAGGAUGCUGGCCGUUGAAGAGAAUGAGAGACCCGAUGCGCCGGAGACCACGCGAUCCGGUGUGGAAGAACCAGUCAAGCACUUGAAAGACCAAGAUAUACCUGACAAUACCAGCUUCCAAUGGGACAUCACCGCCACUGUCCCGACAAGAGCCCACCCCAAAACCCAAGAGUGCACCGGUCGCUUCCACGAACCCGGUCGCUUCGUGAUGGAGACGCUGACGGCUGUGGGUGUUGCGUUGGGCGGAUGUUUUGCUUUUGUGAAGUUCAAGUCGCAGCCGAAGAAGGGGCAAGAGCUUCCGCAGAAGAUGAGGAGGUUGGUGCUCAGAGAGGCCAAUUCAGACAUCUCUCAGGCACGCAUCGAGGUCGAGGAGGUAGAUCUUCCUCAGCCACGGCCAGGACAAGUCUUGAUCAAGGUGGCUGCCAGCCCUGUGAACCCCUCAGAUGAUGGUACUUGGAAGGUACCGCCCUCACAGGGGUAUCCAAUGCCCUUGGGAAAUGAAGGCUCCGGCGUGGUGGUGGCUACCGGUGGCGGCCUCCUGGCAUCCCAAUGGCUGGGCCAGUCAGUGGCCUUCUUGGGCAAGGCCUACGCGGAGUACGCAGUGGCCGACGCCUUCCUGUUGACCACAGUGCCCUCAGAUGUGACUUUGGAAGAUGCCUGUGCCUUGGAUGGAUGGAGAUGGAAGACGGGUGCCAGAUGGGUGUGUGAAAUAAUGCCUGCUGGGGCUGGGCCGGGGCUGGGCGGCUGGGCAGAUAGUGAGGAUUCUGGAGAUGCUUGGAUGUCCGAUCUGGAUGGGGUAGAGAAGAUGAGCUGGUGCUCACUUCAUCUCACUUCCUAG